AUGGCGGCGACGACGGUUUCUUCUCAAUCGGAUUGCACAAAUGUUCUAUUCAGCAUGGCUCCAUGUCUUGACUACAUCACUGGAAACUCUUCUUCUCCUUCUCAACAAUGUUGCAAUCAGUUGGCUAUUGUUGUUAGGUCUUCUUCUAAGUGUUUGUGCCAAGUUCUUAAAGAUGGUGGUUCUCAACUUGGGAUCAAUGUUAAUCAAACACAAGCUCUUGCUUUGCCUAAAGCUUGUAAUGUUCAAACUCCUCCCGCUAGUCGCUGCAAUGGUGGUGAUUCGGUUAACUCGCCUGCGGGGUCAUCAAACACUUCAGAACAUGGAAAUGGAUCAAAAACAGUUCCAGAAGCCGGGUCAUCGUCUGAUGGAAGUUCUAUCAAGUUUUCAUUUCCUCUUCUCACCAUCCUUUUUGUGGCUUCCUAUAACACAAUCUACUCAAAAUACUGA